AUGCAGUUGCGAUCUGGAAUGCAAUAUGGAAAUGUACCAGUACGUUAUGUGCCAUACGAUGGAGAACUGGAGCCGCCAAUGUACGUUCCGACUCAAGGACAGGUAGCAAUGCCGCCGGGUACAAUCGUCUACACUCAAGAUGGGCGUCGUGUCACCGUACAACCAACACAAUAUGCUUACGCUCCUGUACCUGUGCAGUACGUCCAAGAUCCCGCAGUCAUGUACGACAAUAACGCGAACCUUCAACGUGAGCAGAUCAUUCGAUUAAAUGUUCUGGCUUGUGCAGCAUAUUUGCAGCUGUAA